AUGGCAUUUGCUGAAUUUUGUUGUUAUAAAGAAAUAAUUCUCGAAGAGAAGUUAAAAAUCCAAUAUGAGGAGGAAUCAGAGUUAAGUUAUUGCAAUGUAAAUGUAGCUCUUCAAGAGAUUUUAGAUGAAAAAGUGAUUCCGGAAUGGUUCGCAUUCGUCCGCCAAUUCAAGACACACGCAAAUUUUCAACCUUUACCUGUAAAUGAGGCAGACGAAAUUCUAGAAACUCAUUAUAUUCCAGGUAGAUACCUUCAUUUUAUUAAAAAGAAUAAAAGACAACUUAAAAAGGAGGCUCGCGAAGUUCCAUAUGUUGGGAAUAAGCCAGUUUUGAGAAUUUCUGCUCGCAAUUCAGAAUAUCUCAAAAAUGAGGAAGAAGCAAACAAUAGUGGUAGCGAUUUUUCAACAACUUUAAAUCACACCCAGUACAAUCUCGCUCAACGAUUAAACCGCGCAAUUAUUAAAUGUAAUGAUCAAGUUCCACACCUCCUAAUUAAUUUGUCUGUUAUAUAUAUGUUAAAGGCUGCUAUAGAACAACACCUUCAUAUUCAUCUUGCUCAAUACCGUACUAUGCUUCAACGCUCCAUGCGUGUUCGUAAACCGCCAAAAAUAUUAUUUUGUCGUGAAGACUUACAAUUAGGUGAUAUCAACAAAAUUUUGGAUCAAAUUGAAGCAGAGAUCAAAAUGAAUGUGG